CCUACAUUUGCCACUGUCUAUUUUGGGGAGGAGGUCCCCAGCGCCCCUUCCUAGGGUUUUGCUCUCGUUUUUCCCGGGGAGAGGGAGAGGGUGAGUGAGAGAGGAAAGCAAUGGCUCCCCCCGCCACCGCUGCAGCCCGCCCGUUGGUGAUCGUCCAGUCUUUGGAGGGCGACAUGGCAAUCGACGGCGCUGCGGCGUCCGUCCCUCUCCCGGACGUCCUCCGGGCUCCGAUCCGGCCGGACAUCGUCUCCUUUGUUCACGACAACCUCUCCAAGAACAGACGCCAGCCUUAUGCGGUCUCCAGGCGCGCCGGUCACCAAACCUCUGCUGAGUCCUGGGGCACCGGCCGUGCCGUCUCCCGUAUCCCCCGUGUUCCCGGUGGUGGCACGCACCGCGCCGGCCAGGGUGCCUUCGGGAACAUGUGUCGUGGCGGGCGGAUGUUCGCUCCGACGAAGAUCUGGCGCCGCUGGCACCGCAAAAUCAAUAUCAACCAGCGCCGGUUCGCCGUGGCCUCCGCCCUGGCCUCCUCCGUCGUGCCUUCUCUCGUCCUCGCCCGCGGCCACCGUAUCGAGUCCGUUCCAGAGUUACCGCUUGUUUUGCCGGACUCCGUCGAGUCUAUCGAGAAAACCUCCGGAGCGUUGAAGCUCCUGAACCAGAUUGGCGCCGGUCCCGACGUAGAGCGCGCGAAGACAAGCCGGUCCGUUCGUCCUGGGAAGGGAAAGAUGCGCAACCGCCGCUACGUUUCUCGCAAGGGCCCAUUGAUUGUCUACGGAACCAAGGGAUCGAAGCUGGUCAAGGCUUUCCGCAAUAUCCCCGGCGUCGAAGUGGCCUGCGUGGACCGGCUUAAUCUCCUUAAGCUUGCUCCUGGUGGUCAUUUGGGUCGGUUCAUCAUUUGGACCAAAUGCGCGUUCGAGAAGCUGGAUGCCGUCUACGGUGGCUUCGACAGGGUGUCGGACAAAAAGAAUGGCUACAUUCUUCCCAGGGCAAAGAUGACAAAUGCGGAUCUCGCUAGGAUCAUUAACUCCGACGAAGUCCAGGUGGUCGUGAAGCCCGCCAAGAAGGAGACUAAGCGCAGGACGCUCAAGAAAAAUCCGCUGAAGAACAUCGGUGCUCUCCUGAAGCUCAAUCCCUAUGCCAAGACCGCGAGGAGAAUGGCUUUGCUUGCUGAGGAGCAGAGGGUGAAGGCUAAGGCAGAGAAGCUAGACAAGAAGAGGAAACAGCCGAAGGUGGCUAAUCUGGCAGAGAUAAAGGCUGCUGGCAAGGCAUGGUAUCACACAAUGGUAUCAGAUAGCCACUACACCGAGUUUGAGAAUUUUUCGAAGUGGCUUUGUGUGACGCAGUGAGUCUUCACAUAGAUUUGCUUAUAGCUGUAGUUGAAGCAUAAGGACUUGUUUUGUUUUGUAUUUUGUCAUUUCUUGGGUUGUUUUAAUUACAUUCAUAAUUUUGAUAGUUCUAGAGGUGAGGAUAGGUUUAUUUGUCUAUAACUGAAAAUUUUUGGAUUUGCAUAAGCACAUUUUGGAUUGCCAUUACCA